AUGAUCUCAAAUGGAGCUUUGCCGUAUCGUCUGGUUAUAGUGGUGACAAUCGCAUGUCUUGCCAUCUUGUUCUGGUUCUCGUUUCUCAACAACUGCACACAAGUUCAAAAGCCUCAGCACUCAGAAAAACUUCAUGAGCCAGUGGAUGCCACUGCGAGACCUGAUCUAGUAAAGGAAGAGAAACCAAUACUGUUGUUAUGGUUCUGGCCUGAAAACUUCAGUUUUAACCUGAGCGAUUGUCAAACAAUUUUCAAUAUUGACAGUUGUUUUUUGACGGACAACAGAUCUCUUUACAGCAACGCAGACGCUGUCCUCAUCUAUCACAAAUCUAUUAACCGGGAUCUGUCCAACCUUCCACCAUCUCCUCGCCCCCCAUUCCAGAAGUGGAUUUGGUUUAACCUGGAAUCACCAUAUCACACGGCAAGAAAACCAGGCAUUGAAAAUCUGUUCAACCACACACUUAGCUACAGACAGGAUGCUGAUAUUUUUACAAGGUUGCACUUAACUGUCAGAAAAACUCCUGAUGAAAAUUUUGAAAUUCCCAAGAAGGAAAAAUUGGUCUGUUGGAUUGUAAGUAACAAAGGCGCCAGAGAGAGGAACGCUUAUUAUAAUGAACUUAAGAAGCAUAUCUACGUACAUAUGUACGGGAAGGUUAAUGGAACAUGCCUGGAGCACAAGGACUACUAUUCCACCAUAGCCAGCUGCAAAUUUUAUCUCUCCUUUGAGAACUCCAUUUACAAGGACUACAUCACUGAAAAGAUAAAUGGACCCCUAUCAGUAGGUACUGUACCUGUGGUGCUGGGACCUCCCAGAAAAAACUAUGAAAACUUUAUACCCGGUGAUGCUUUCAUUCAUGUGCAAGACUUCCCAGAUGCAAAGUCACUCGCAGAAUAUCUCAUGCGUCUGGACCUGGACGAAGUCGCAUAUCGCAGGUACUUUAACUGGAGGAGACAUUUCUCACCACAACCUCAUUUACUACAGCAACAAGAGUUUGAUCUGCCCAUCUGCACGGCCUGUGAAUAUAUAGCAACACACAAAUACUAUAAAGAAAUUCACGAUCUCUAUAAAUGGUACAACAAUUAAUUCAGUCAUGUCAUAUUGUAGACUUUUGUGGUGAAGGAUUUUGUUUGA